UGGGUGUGUACAGUAAAUAUCUCUGUGUAUGUGUGUGUAUAUACUAGGUCGGUAGGGUGGUAGCCUACAAGGUGGCAUGAUAUAUUAGCUGCGUCUCGCUUCUAAAUCGCAGCCAGAGCCCGGCCAGAUUAGAGAGUGAGCUCGGCUCUAAUCCGCCGCAUUCGGAGCACAGCUUCGCCUCAUCACUGGUCUGGUGUGUGCAUGUGUUUGGUUCUGUUUCUUUUUCCUUGUGCGUGCGUGUGUGUGUGUAUGUGUGUGUAUUUCGGCGUGCCUGGCUUUUCCUUACUAUAGGCCAUAGACUCAAAAUCUCUCACUGACAUUGGCCACCGCCUAUAGCUCAGGCCAUAUAGGUAUUCCAGCGGCUUGUUGGGCUUUAACUCGUACAAACAGUUCCCAGACUGUCCUUUUGCCGAUCUCGAAUCCACUUUACGAAAAGGCCGAAUUGAUUUCAUUUGGCAACAGCAGGUUUUGGAACUUUCUUUCUUUGACUGUGGCACUGAACUUGCACGGACGAUUGAGCAUCACUGUUGCCGUCGCCGUGCUGCUCCUAGCUCUUGUUUCUUCUGGCUUUUGGCAUUGGCGUUGAACCAGCAAGUUGGCGAGUCAUUUCGACGUCGACGCAACAAGCUCCUCCCAUUUGCUUGCCUCUUGUCCGUUCAUCCGACAGGCUCUAGCGGUACUAGUGACUCUUCCAUAUCGUAUAGCUACUGCUGACUGCCGCUUCAGUUACUACCCCACUCUUUCGUUGCCGGACCGUCUCCGUACAAUCCCGCUUAAUUCCAACCGGGGGGCUUUGCGGGUUAGUUGAACCCGAGAUUCCGACCCAAAGAUCCACCGAAGCUUUUCGGGGGUCUUAUUUCCAAAGUCCUCGUUGAUCGGCAUCGAAUUGCUGCUGCGUGCUUCUACAUCACCACUCUCCCAAUCCCGACGACCAUAACACCCGAAGCAAAAGAGGACAGAAAAACAAAACAAUCGUUUCUUCUUCCUCCCUUUGCAAAAUCAAAAAAGGAAACUAGAAAAGAAUUCUCUACUUUCUACAAGUGUUUUUUGUUCUCCCUUUUCCCUUUUGCCUGUGAAAGCGACUGCGUCGUGAUGGAACUUGCCAAUAAUUCCUCGAACGGUGGCGGUGGAGGCGGUAACUUGACAUCCGAUCCGUCGCUCUGCUUACAAGAUUUGGUGGCCGGAGUCGGCGGUGGCGGAUCGGUGGAUCACCACCGAUCCAUCCCCGUCUCUUACGCUCAACAUGCACCGACUCAUCAUCACCACCACCAGCUGAGCCAUCAUCAUCACUUGCAGAGCAUUCAGCAUCACCACCAUCAAUUGCAUCAUCACCACCUAACGGGUGCUGGUGUCCACCAGGGUGGCGAACCAUCGCUGGAUCUUAAUCAGCAUCAUGUUUUGAAUUCUAAUCACCAUCACGCAGCCCGACAUCUCUCGGCUGCGAUGAACGGCGCCGAUGUUUCUUCGUUUAUGACGUCCACUUCGUCAUCGCCGUUCUUGCCGGCAGGCACUGGACACCACCACCAUCCGCACCACCCUCAGCAUCUGAUGGGAUCAAUGGCAACGGCGGUGGCCGUGGCGGCAGCGGCCACUGCUAACGCCAGCAAUAAUCAUUCCCGAAGACCCAUACACAGUGGAGCUCUAGGAGGCCCUGUGCCCACCACUGCAUCAGGAUCGUCCAUCGACAAAAUCAAACGAGAGGCCGAUAAGAAUGGCAGUUCAUCGGUUUUGCAACACCCGCACCAUCAUCACCAGCAGCCGCCACAGCAACAACAACCCUCGCACUUGGUGGUUGAUUCCAACGAGCAAACAGCAGUGGCCUCGGGAGCCGAGGAAACUGACAAGGAUGGCCGGAAGAAGCGUCAGCGUCGUCAGAGGACUCACUUCACCUCACAACAAUUACAGGAACUCGAGGCCACUUUCACUCGCAACCGAUAUCCGGAUAUGAGUACUCGCGAAGAGAUUGCAAUGUGGACAAAUUUGACCGAACCAAGAGUCAGGGUGUGGUUCAAAAAUCGACGCGCAAAAUGGAGGAAGCGCGAACGGAACGCAAUGAACGCGGCGGCUGCUGCGGCCGCUGAUUUCAAGUCUUCGUUUACUCCGCAAUUCAACGGCCUGAUGCAACCGUUUGGAGCCGCGGCGGCUGCAGCCGACGAGGCGGCGCUCUACGCUGCUGGAUAUGCCCCGCCGACGUACAACGGUUGGGCUGGAAAAGUUCCCAGUCCCCUUGCCGGGACGGCCAAAAGCUUUCCAUGGGGUCUCAACUCAGUGAAUAUGUCACCGCUGAGUGCGGCCGGAUUCAAUCCCGUCACUCCUGUCGGUCAAAUGGUUAACAGUAGCGCAAUCGGAAUGUCGACGAUGGCUACCAUGUCAAAUUCCCUCGGCAUGGCCAGUCAAGCAGCUGGACCUUGCAUGCAACACUACAGCAGUCCGCCAAAUCAUUACGCAUCUUACCGCGAACAGUGCGGACCUCCUCCACCGCCGCCACCAUCAGCAACGCCAACCGUUGUCCCGACACCGGUCAGUUCAGCUGCUUUGCGUUUCAACAAGUCCAACAAUAACAGCGCCGCCAAAACUAGUAGCAGCAGCAGCUCCAGUAGCAGCACGAGCAGCAGCAGUAGCAAUAGCUCAUCGGGCCUGCUUUCUGGCUAUGGCCAGCAACCGGGCAGUCCUCGCUCUAACGCCGCAUUAGCUGCGUGCCAAUAUGCAGGCGCUGAUCGCUCACCUGUCUAAUAAUUCUUAUUCUCAAAAAGUCAGCAGGCGUUUGUGUGAUGACUCGAAAAAGACGAGUAAAGAUUUUUUAAAUUAGACGUCAAGAAACAGAAAAAAAAAUUAAGGCCCAUUUCAUUCUUUAUUUGCAGUGGAAUACAGAACUGAAGUAUCCUGGCCGUUCAAUAAAUGUAAGGAUGUAAAUAUGUAGCCCGUCGGUCUACGCAAUUUCUCCCCCUGUCACCUGCGUUUGAUAUUGUUUUCUUUCUUUUGGAUAUGUCAUGCAAUCUGUUGCGAUUCGUGAGUGGCACGGUUUCAUCGUGCAAUUUCAAUCCCGUGCAACUGAAUGUCUAUACUGUAUACAUACAUUUUCAUUUGUCCUAAUCAUUAUGCCUAUAUUUGGCUCGAGUCUUGUCACCCCAUUUUGUUUUGUAAUAGUUUUUUUUUUCGUUUGUUUUCAUUUUUCUUCAUCUAGACUGAUACACGAUAAUAUUUAAAACCCGAAAAAAAAAAAAAAAAAAUAAAAAUAAUAACAAUAACAAUCGCAUGUCUAAUCAUAUCGACUCCUCCGACUGUUUAUGAUUUCGUACGAUUCGAAUUUAAUACGAUAGCAUCGUGCAAUGCAAACAAAAGAAAAAAAAAUAUAAUAGCUGUCCAAUAUUUCAUCGUAUUUGAUUGCAAAAAUGAAUAAAAUCCAUUCGGAAACCAA